GCCAGGGCCGCCGCAGGCCCGCACCGAGGCGCGGAGCGCGGCGCGCGGCGGUGGCGAGGGCCGCGGGCGGGUGGCCGGCGUUGGAGCGGGAUGGCGGACCGGCGGCGCGCGUGGAACACGGAGGACGACCUGCCCGUGUACCUGGCGCGGCCGGGCAGCGCGGCGCAGACCCCGCGCCAGAAGUACGGCGGCAUGUUCGCCGCGGUGGAGGGAGCCUACGAGAACAAGACCAUUGACUUCGACGCGUACAGCGUGGGCCGCCGCGGCUCGGCGCGCACGCCGCGCAGCGCUGGCCGGCCCGACGCGGUCGGCCUGCCGGGACCCGGCGGCAGCGAGGACACGGCCAGCGAUGUGAGCGAGCCCUCGGGCUCUGCGGUCAGCUCGCCAGGCGAGCGCGACGAGCGGCCGCAGGCGCUGCACAUCCGCUGCCCUGCGCCCCGCGACCUGCCACUCGGCCGGGACAAUGGCCAGAGCGACCGACUCCUCAUCAAAAGGGGACGAAUCAUCAACGAUGACCAGUCCUUUUACGCCGACGUCUACUUGGAAGAUGGACUUAUAAAACAGAUGGGAGAGAACUUGAUUGUUCCUGGUGGAGUGAAGAUCAUCGAGGCCAGUGGGCGGAUGGUGAUUCCCGGAGGCAUUGAUGUCAACACGUGCCUGCAGAAGCCCUGCCAGGGCAUGACCGCGGCCGAUGACUUCUUCCAAGGGACCAAGGCGGCGCUGGUGGGCGGGACCACAAUGAUCAUUGACCAUGUUGUUCCUGAGCCUGGGUCCAGCCUGCUGACCUCCUUCGAGAAGUGGCACGAAGCAGCUGACACCAAAUCCUGCUGCGACUACUCCCUGCAUGUGGACAUCACGAGCUGGCACGAUGGCGUUCGGGAGGAGCUGGAGGUGCUGGCCCAGGACAAAGGCAUCAACUCCUUCCAAGUCUACAUGGCCUACAAGGAUCUCUACCAAAUGUCCGACAGCCAGCUCUAUGAAGCCUUCACCUUCCUCAAGGGGCUGGGAGCUGUGAUUUUGGUCCACGCCGAAAAUGGAGAUUUGAUAGCUCAGGAACAAAAGCGGAUCUUAGAGAUGGGCAUCACAGGUCCUGAGGGCCAUGCCCUGAGCAGGCCUGAAGAGCUGGAGGCCGAGGCAGUGUUCCGGGCCAUCACCAUCGCCGGCCGGGUCAACUGCCCCGUGUACGUCACCAAGGUCAUGAGCAAGAGUGCGGCGGACGUCAUCACCCUGGCCCGGAAGAAAGGCCCCCUAGUUUUCGGUGAGCCCAUCGCCGCCAGCCUGGGGACCGACGGCACCCAUUACUGGAGCAAGAACUGGGCCAAGGCGGCGGCAUUUGUGACCUCCCCUCCCCUGAGCCCAGACCCCACGACGCCAGACUACCUGACCUCCCUGCUGGCCUGUGGGGACCUGCAGGUCACAGGCAGUGGCCACUGUCCCUACAGCACCGCCCAGAAGGCAGUGGGCAAGGACAACUUCACUCUGAUCCCCGAGGGCACCAACGGGGUCGAGGAGCGGAUGACCGUCGUCUGGGACAAGGCAGUGGCUACUGGCAAAAUGGACGAGAACCAGUUUGUGGCUGUCACCAGCACCAACGCAGCCAAGAUCUUUAACCUGUACCCCAGGAAAGGGCGGAUUGCUGUGGGCUCGGACGCCGACGUGGUCAUCUGGGACCCCGACAAGGUGAAGACCAUAACGGCCAAAAGCCACAAGUCGGCGGUCGAGUACAACAUCUUCGAGGGCAUGGAGUGCCACGGCUCCCCGCUGGUGGUCAUCAGCCAGGGCAAGAUCGUCUUCGAGGAUGGGAACGUGAACGUCAGCAAGGGCGUGGGCCGCUUCAUCCCGCGGAAGCCUUUCCCUGAACACCUCUACCAGCGGGUCAAAAUCCGGAAUAAGGUUUCUGGAUUGCAAGGGGUUUCCAGGGGCAUGUACGACGGUCCCGUGUACGAGGUGCCAGCUACACCCAAAUAUGCAACUCCCGCUCCUUCAGCCAAAUCUUCGCCUUCCAAACACCAGCCCCCGCCCAUCAGGAACCUCCACCAGUCCAACUUCAGCUUAUCAGGUGCCCAGAUAGAUGACAACAACCCCAGGCGUACUGGCCACCGCAUCGUGGCGCCCCCCGGUGGCCGCUCCAACAUCACCAGCCUCGGUUGAACGCGGAUGCCCCGGGAGCCAGAGUGAAGGAUUCUGGGAAUAAUGUCCGUCCCUUCCCCUGUCAGUGUUUUGAACCCACGGUUUUAGCUGGUGCUGGUGGAGGGAGGGGGAAAUCGAACGAUGUUCUUUUUGUUUAGGAAGAAGUGGUACUAGUGUGGUGUGUUUGCUUGGAAAUUCCUUGCCCACAGCUGUGUUCAUGCUGAGUUCGCCUCGGAGCAUGGCGUUUUCAUUUUCCUUCCCAGGGAGCCACAGGUCUUAGCGCCGUCUUGUUCUGUCCCUUCCACUUGUAACCCCACUGGUCCAUGAUCUCUGAGAGGUGGCUCCUUUGCACCCUUGUAGCUGUUCUAGGGUAGUCGGUGCAUGUUAUAGAUUGCGUGUGCACGCCUGUGCGUGCGUCUGAGGGCACGCUGCCGAGGACUGACAGAGACAGGGCGCCGAGACCGCAAGCCUUCGGCAGCCCGAAACUCUGAGAGCGAAGAUGUUUCCUCAUCGCCCCCAAGUCUGCACUAGAGAGAGGCCAGCCCCGCCCCCACUGAGGCCGCCUGUGAGUCCUCAGGACGGGGCUUCCGCUCGGUUGCAGAGAAGCGCCGCCCACGCCCUGUGUCAGAGACCCCGGUCUGUGGCACCCGCGCCUGGCCGUGCUGUUUCUGGGCUGCGUGUGCUCCCCAGCCAGCCGGGGUCACGCUGAGAACGGUCUCCCCGUCCCCAUCCAGGGCUGACCAUGGGGGGUGACAGCACUUCCGGGUUGCCUGAGUCCUGGUCCCUCUGAGGCGGUUGACGGGGCAGUCAUAUUUUUAAAGUUUUGUACAAAGUUUUCCUUUGUAAUCACCCCAUUUUUACUUAACAACCAACUUGUUGUGUCUCUUAUUUCUGAAUUCAAAGCUUGUGAAAAAAUAAAGAACAUAAACUGCC